UAAAAGUUUUUCUUGAAUUAAUUCAAAUGCCUCACAUUUAAUUUAUACUGUGAUUCACAGUAUAAGUGAUUCACAAACUUCAAAUCCAGUGUAUUGGAAGGUGGAUGUCAUCAUAAAGUAUAAAUUAGGCUUAAAAGUUAAAUUCAAGAUGUAGCCUAUUUUAGGGGAAGACAACUAUAAUCCAAAACAUUUAACAAACAUCUUAUAGAACUUAUUUGUAAAUCUCAACCGUCACCCUUUGUUCACUGUUUAAAACCUUAACUGUGUGGUUACUAUGCUGUAGUGUUUAUGUUUAUAGAUUUACAAUGUUCUGAAUAACUGCUUGGCUACAUUUAACCACCAGAGGACUGAGCAAAUGUACCUGUGGACUAGAGUCAGCACGGGCCUCUUUCAACAUCUUCUGGUUAAAACUAUUAUUCUGUUUUAAACUUUUCAUUUGGAGAGAAAAAAGUAAAAGAAGAGUGGUCCACAAUAGGCACUGCAUUUUUCCAGAGCAACACAUUCACGACUGUGCCUGUAUUAAAUAGGAUUGAAAGUACAUAUUAUCCCCUGGAUGUGUUUGUUUUUGAUCCAUACAAUCAACAUUUCCCCGAAACUGUUGUCAUGGAGACGGUAGCGUCGGCAGGGGUCUCAGGAUGAGGAAGCGCUGCUUACAACAUGGCUAGACAGCAAAAUGGCUAGCUAGUAUGCAUGCUAGCCCCAUCAGUGUUUUUCCCCCCCAGCAGCAUGUGUUAUUUCCUAUCUGAGUGUUCUGAAAGAGCUAAUCACGACGGCUAUUUAUGAUCAGCAGGAUGGAUAAUGAUGAUGAUGGGUUGGAGAACCUGAGGCUGCAGUUCCAGGCACUGCAGGCACAGCAGGAGAAGCGUCUGCAGAAACGAAUGGAGAAGAAGAGAGAGAAGGAAACCACCAGCGAACAGGAUGACCUGAAACUUGCAGAGCUGGAUGGCAACACUGCAGACGGUCUGAGCAAAAGAUUACUGCUGGACGAGAAUGAGCAGCUGCAGGAUCAGGUCAGGGAACUUCGUGAUGAGAACAGCAGGCUCUGCAAACUGCUGAAGGAGAAAGACUUUGAGAUUCAACGCCUGAAGAAGAAAAUGGAGGAGGACAAACAGGCUUUAGCAGGCACAGCUGGCAUGACUGGAGACGUGGCUGCCACCAAGAUAGUCCAGCUGGCGAAGAAGAACAGAGAGCUUGCCACUGAGAUUGAGCGAGAGAAGAACAAAGUCAAACAGACCAGCAACCGGGUUAGAGAACUGGAAAAGGAGCUGCAAGGUGCAAUAUCCCUUCAUCUUACUCCUGAGGAAAAGAUGACAUCAAAUCCGCUCCAUUCAAGAUCUACAGAGGGAUUCACGCCAUACAACUCAGAGGUGAAAGCCCUUCAGGACAAACUGGCUUCAGCCAAUUUCAAAAUGACAGAAUAUCGUAAUCAGAUCCAAGCGGUGAAGCAGGAGCUGAAGAUAGCUCAGAAGGUGCUGACCAACGAGGUGGGCGAAGACGUGAGCAUCCAGCAGCUGCUCAGCUCUCCGGGGAACUGGCGUGGGCGCUCCCAGCAGAUCCUGGCCCUUCAGAACAGGGUGCGAGAGCUGGAGCAGCAGUUGGGUCAGGCCACCCACAGGAAGCAGCCAUCUGUACUCAGCCUGGAGGACGAGAUGAUGGGAAGGAACCUCCCACAGCAGGACAGGAACAUCAGCCACCUCCGCGCCAUGGAGCGCGAUAGGAAGGACAUGGUAGAGAAGUUGAACGGAGAUUAUGCGGCCCUUCUACGGGAGCAUGAGGAGCUAAAGAGGAAGUUUGAGGCAUCCAGAGCAAGGAACACGGUCCUGAGCUCUGAAGUGAAGUCCCUCAAGGGCCAGGUCUCCACCUUGCUGGAGAAGGGCAAACACGAUGAUGAGCUGGUGGACGCACUGCUGAAACAGCAGAAGCAGCUGCAGGAGGUUCUGGCACGCCUGAGCCAGCAAGAUAUGCAGACCAAGGAGGCCCAGCAGAACCUGGGGCAGCAGCUGAACAGCGAGGCCCAGCGGCACGGCUCCCUCGUCCAGCAGCUCAAGCACAUGGUGUCCGAGAGGGAGGCCAAAGUCAAAGAGUUGGAGGAGGAGAUCCGACAGCUGUCAUUCAAGAGACAUGAUGGUGAGGAACCGGGUUCCAAGUCUGCUGUGUGUGGUUCCAGACCUCCAACAACAGGGGGCAGUAAGGCUGAGAGGCUGUCCUCUUCCCGAGCUGUUUCCAAACUCGGCCACAAACUCGUGGAGACGGCAACCACAGUGCCUCUGUCGGGAACCAGCUCUGCGGUCGGAUUGCACGAUGCGGAGAUGAAGGCCUUGAAGGCUCAGUGUUGUGAAUACAAAGCCCUCUAUUUGGCUGCCACUGUGGAGAGAGAUAAACUCAUGGAGUUAGUGAAGAUGCGGGAGACCAGGGAGCAAGAGGCCAAGGAGAAGGGCUUGGAGGCGGAGCAGAAGCUCCAAGGGGAGAGGCGGAGGGCCGUGCUCCUGGAGCAGCAGCUGGAGAAGGCCAAGCUGGACGCGGGAAAGGGCGGGGCCGCGGGGAGGACUAGCAACAGGGGCAGAGCAGCAGGCGUGUCAAUCAGCUGCACGGGGCUGUCUGUGAACCAGGCCGACGUGUCCCCCAGGAGUCCUGCAGGCCCAGCAACAGAGGCGCAAGUGAAUGAGCUGAACACCAAGCUGGCCAUUCAGCUGGAUGAGAACGAGGCCCUGAAGGCGGCCCUCCAGAGCACGCUCAAGGCCAAAGAGGAGGACCUGCGUCUCUACAGCGACAUGAUGAGCCAAGUCAAGCACGUCUUCCUGCAGGCUCUGAGGCAGCACAAACAUGACGCUGGCCCCACCAGCUAGCGCCCGCCGCCACUAGUGCCCGCCACUACUGCUGUCACGUGAACCCAAUCGAGCGCAUCCAGAAGUCCUCCGAAGCUCCCAGCUUUUUGUUCUGCCAGACCCAUUGAAGACGUAAUGUGAUCAGGAAGCUCUUUGAUCUGACACAUGUAGAAGCAAGUCAGAUCUGGUGUCCUUUAUAAUAGCCACAAUCGCAGUAACCUAAAAAUAUAAAGGGUAUGAUUUGGAGUUUGUAGACAACAGACCUUCAGUAAGAACCAAUAAGUCAGGUUGUUGAGGACUUCCAGAAACAUAAACAGAUAUUAUUGCGCCUUUCAAAAAUGCUCAAGUCUCAAUUAUUUUACUAAAUACUGUUAUUGUGUGCAGUUAGAUGUGUGUUUCUAUGGCAGCGUAUCUGUCCUGGCGCCUGUAAUUAUGUAAAACAAGUUUCAGGUCUACCACUCAAGUCUCUGCAGGAUUUAUUAAGUAGAGUGCACUCUGGCCUUAACUCAGAAACUAAUUAUUAUGGAUGAAAACAAAUGCUGCACAGCUACUGUUUUCCUAUUACCAGUUAAAAAGAGAGAAGCAACAAGGUGCUUAAAGAACAGAUUUACAUUUUUUUUAUUUUUGGUGAGGGGGAACUUGCAUUGUAAAGCUAUAGCACUGUACUGUAGUUUUACAGAGGGUGCUUGCUGGAACCAUGUGCGAACUGUGAUAAGAUACUGUUUCUAAUCUAGAUCCUUUUAGGCUCUCGGUGUUGUUUAAAUGUAUGUAUUACAUUACAUUACAUUACAUUACAUUACAGGCAUUUGGCAGACGCUCUUAUCCAGAGCGACGUACAACAAAGUGUAUAACCAUAACCAGGAACAAGUAAUGUAUGUUACUCCAAAGAAAAUGCUGUGUGUUUAUUUUUUCCACUGUUUCUCAACUUGAUGCUAAAUUACUGUGUUUAGCUGUUCUAUAACGGUGAAUAUAACCAUGAUUGUCUUGUAAGCUGUCCUGGGCAGGAACAUCUGCUACGCGAAUAAACAAAUGCUCAGGCAAAUAUUUG